UCGAAUCACAACACUGUUUACCAUUUUGAGACUUGACUGAGUUCAUUCCAAGCCAACGACAAAUUACAGUUAAACAAGAUUACAAAUUAAUGUAGGCAUAAUAAAAACAAGAUCAGUAUAGACAUGGUCGGCUGUAUUCAUCAAUUCAGAUAGUUCCUAAUGAAUAUUUGAUAAUAAUGCGGCAAAUGUAUAGAAACAAGUUAGUAAAUGAUAAGAUUUCUUAGAAAAAUGUACUUAUUGUUAGUGUUUGGAUUGUUAAGUUUAAGUGUAAACGAGUGUUACAGUGCAAGAAUAUUAUGUAUAUUUCAAAUGCCCGCUGUGAGCCAUCAGGCAACGUUUCAACCAAUAGCAAGAGCUUUAUCUCUAAGGGGACACGAGGUUAUUACUGUAACACCUCGUCCUAUAAAUGACCCUACUUUAACAAAUCUGACUGAAAUCGACACAAGUCACACGUAUGAUAUAAUCAACGGUCAUGGAUUUGAAUUUUUCAUGUCCAAAGAGAAAGCAGUCCAAACCAAAAUUCCUAAAAUUUUCGCUAUGUACUAUGAUUUGGCUCAUGCGAUUUUCCAAAAUGAACAAUUUAAGAAAAUCUAUACAAAUCCAGAUGAAAAGUUUGAUUUAAUUAUAGUUCAAAUCUAUGUGAGUCCCAUUAUGUUAGCUCUAUCUGCAAAAUUCAACGCUCCUAUCAUUGGGGUAUCUUCUAUGGGUGGCUGGAUUGGUACGCAUUAUGCUAUUGGAAAUCCCUCACUGCCUUCUAUGUAUUCGGAAAUGUUUUUGCCAUAUAAUGGAGAGCUCAGCUUCUACGAAAGAUUCAAAAGCACUCUGUACUUUAUUUGGUCAAGAUUGUACGUCAAUUUUGUAGCAAUGCCCAAGUGUGAUAAGGUAGCUAGGAAAUACCUAGGUAACGACUUGCCCUAUUUAGCUGAUAUCGAAAGAAAUAUCAGUGCACUGUUCUUAAAUAUCAACCCUAUUCUGUACACUCCAAGACCCAUGGUACCUACAGUAGUACCUUUGGUGUUUAUGCACAUUCAACCACCAAAACCAUUACCACAAGAUAUUAAAAAUGAAAUAGAGAGCGCAAAGAAUGGACUGGUAUAUUUCAGUUUAGGAUCCAACGUUAAAAGCAUGAACAUACCCCAGAGAGUUCGAAACUUGUUGAUGGACGUAUUUCGAGGACUUCCUUACAAAGUUUUGUGGAAAUUUGAAAAAGAAGAACUACCUGGAAAGCCCAGUAACGUUGUUAUUAAAAAAUGGCUUCCACAACAAGACAUUUUAGCUCAUCCCAAUGUGAAGGUCUUUAUUUCUCAAGGAGGUUUGCAGUCUUCAGAGGAGGCUAUAGAUCGUGUUGUGCCAAUGGUAGUGAUUCCAUUUAUUGCAGAUCAGGAACUUAAUGCUAAAAAUUUGCAUGAAUUUGGAGUUGGAAGGCAUAUUGAUUAUUUGAAUACCACCAAACAAGAGCUGAUCGACAGUAUUAUUGAUGUUGCAGAAAAUCCCAAAUAUCGAGAAAAUAUGAAGAAACUACGAACCCUACUUAGAGACGAGCCAAUGACAGGCUUAGAACGUGCCAUCUGGUGGUCGGAGUAUAUCAUUAGAAAUAAAGGAACAAGACAUUUGAGAAGCCCAACAGUGGACAUAGUAUGGUACAAAUAUUUUCUCUUAGAUGUAAUAUCUGCCUUUAUAGUACUCAUUACCUUUAUAGUACUAGUAUAUAUUAAAUUAUUUAAUUUUGUCAAGAAUACUUUGAAAAAGAAAAAUAAGAUCAAAACUAAAUAGUGAUUUUAUAUAUAGGUGUUGUAAUUAUAAAUAAAUAAAUAAUCUUUUAGAAGGUAUUUAACUUUUUUAUUUUACUUCAAUAACUGUAAAAAGCAAUAUAUAAAAUUUACACUUAUUUUAAUUACAUAUAAUACCUAUCUAGCUUUAAAUAUAACUAAAAAUAGUGUAUUCUUAAGGUAUAUCAUAGGUACUUAGUUAAUAAAUAUUGUAUAUGUACAAGAUGUAUUUAUUAAAUCAAACUUAAGUUGCUAAUAUUUGUAUAAAAAUAACCUAAAGAUCUAAUAUUAUAUAUAGUUUAGAAAAAAAUAACAGUCGCUUUUGUUAAAUAUCCAUAUUGGCCCUUUUUAUAGACUUGCAAACCUGCCCAUAUAAUAUUUUAUUAAACAUUGAUAUUCAGAAACAUUUAUAUCAGACACUUUUUAAUAAACGAGAAAUUGUUCAAAUAUAUUAAUAAUAUUAAAAAAUAACAGAUUAAAAACAAUAUAAUAUGAUAAAUUAAUAGUUA